GCUCCGUUUAUAUCACUGGGAGCGUAGCAGUAGGCAGACACAGUACGGAGAGAAAGAGAGAGGGAAAGAGGAGCAGCUAGGCGAGAGAGACAGAAAGCGACAGCCGUGUUUGCAUUGACUGUCAAAUGAUUUCCAGAGCAUAUUGUUCUCUGUCGAGCUGUACUUGUGAACUGCUGUUAUAUAUUAUACUUAGAGGAACGUCUUUAGUUGCGCUACGUUUGCAGUUUUUGUGAUAGUUUUAGUUUAUUGGAGAGAACUUGUUGCUGGUCCGUUGGAAUUGGUCUAUUUGCGGACAUUCAAAGUGGUGGACUUUCCACGCAAAGUGGCUUCUUCGCGGAGACAUUUCUGGCGUGGAAUGGGAUAUUAGGACAUUUUUAUGAGAUCUGUCAAGCACUUUGGAGAAGUUCCCUUUUGGCUUUUUUUUUACUAACUGACACGUUUGGCCGGGAGUGAGUUUGUAUUCCUUUUUGCUGUCAGCUCUUCCAGAAAUGGUGGGGCACUUACAUUUACAAGCUAUGGAUGAUAGUCUAAAAGGCAAGAAUCGAGAAGGGCUUCUCGACAGCCCGGAUUCAGGACUACCACCAAGCCCGAGUCCUCCUUUCUACUCGCUUUCGCCUGGGCUUCUGGAGUCACGGUCGGGAAGCUGUACAACGCCCGUGGAACAACACCAUGGCUUCUACAGAAAAGAGAGCAAAGAGGGAAAGUUGCUUCCCUACCUGCUGCUCAACUCCCAGGGCACAGAGCUCAAGACGCGCAUGCAGCCCGUGGUCUACGGAGAGAGCAUCGAGGUCAACCCCAAACCUGAGCAGGAGGUCAAGUUCCACUCGUCGGUGAGGUACGCGUCGGACCGGCACUACCGCGAGCAGCUGUACUGCGUUCCCGUGCCGGUGCCCGUGGACUUCAGCGAGACGGUGAUGGUGGCGUCGCGCGACUGCACCUGGCGGCGCUACAAGAGCGAGGUGUACCUGCAGCCGCGGCACCGCGCCCUGAGCUACCAGAGCACGGCCAUCGUCUACCCCAAGCACGCCCGCAGCACCUACCGCACCACGCUCAGCCACCAGCCCUCGGGAGCGGGACGCCGCUGGUUCUCCUCCACCGUGCGCCUGGACCCCAGCGAGGAUCUCAGCCCCUGCAUCAUCUACACCGAGGACCUCUGAGGAGGGGAGCGGAGAGGAGGAGGGGGAACGGAGCACCCUGGUGGGGAGAUUGGGGAGAUGGGUGUCAUCUACACGGAGGACCUCUGAGGAGGGGUGGGGACUGGAGCGGAGGAUGGAGGGAGACAAGGGUGUACCCUCGUGGAGAGAUUGGGGAGAUGGGUGUGGAUGACUGUACAUGUAGUUACAGACAGACACACACAGACCCAUCUCAUGGACUCUUGAGAGAAGAGAUGAGAGGUGAAGAGGAGGGUUGCUGUUGCUGGACUUUUUGUUUCUCUGUUUUUGUGAAGAUGUGAUUUUUUUUGGACAGAAGAGAUUUCAGAGGACAUUUUAUGAGAUGAAAAGAAACUUUGUUUGUGUGUGUGGGUGUUUGCGUGUGUGUGUGUGUGUGUGUGUGUGUGUGUGUGUGUGUGUGUGUGUGUGUGUGUGUGUGUGUGUGUGUGUGUGUGUGUGUGUGUGUGUGUGUGUGUGAGAGAGAGAGAGUGUGUUUGGGAAAAUAAGAGGGGCAGGAAAACCAGCAUCCAGUGGGUUAAAUUUAAGAAAGAAUAUUUUUUGUGUUUUUUCUGGCAAGAGGGGUUACCGUUAACGUUAAUGUUGCUAUUCUUUUCUUUGUAGGUUUUUUUUUUAAACAUAUUUACGUGUCUUAUAUAUAACUGCCUCAAAGCUCUUUCUCAGAAAGUAAGAAAGAAAGAAAGAAAGAAAGAAAGAAAGAAAGAAAGAAAGAAAGAAAGAAAGAAAGAAAAACCUCCUUGACUAUGCAGAAACGCUCCCAAGGGCACCAUGUCAAACACAGGCCCAGCCAACAUAUCUAUGGCUGCCUGGAAUUCUGCAGACAGAUGUUAUGUGAAGCAAAGAAUAGUACAUUCUCAAAUGCACCCGACUUUAUUUUGCAUACGCCCACAACUUAAUACUCUCCUCACUCGGAAUGGCAACUCUGU